AUGAUUAAGGCAUAUAGACGCCUUAUGUAUAGGUUGAAUUCGAUAUUCGUUGAUAGUAUUGAAGCACCUACCAGUAUUAGGGACAGUUACAGAGAUAAAGCACUGCAAAUCAAGCAUCUAAAUGAAAUUAGGUACAGUUUCCCAAUGAACCCAAAUGCCUUGCUUGUUGAGAGGCACAAAUUAUCAUUUGGAGAACAUUUUUACCAGUAUAUAUCGAUAAUUACGCCACUUUUAUCGCUUUUACUAAUGACAUCAAUUCCUUGCUAUCUGUUAUACUAUAAUUCACUAGUUCAUCAUGAAAUAGCCACUUUGUCAUUAGUGGACAUAGCACGAUAUGUCAAUGGACAAGCACCUAAACCCUGUGAUAACAUCAUUGCAAUUUACUACCUAAGGAAAUCGUGGAAUCUCAACUUUUUGUACAGAAAAUUUGCAGCUUUAAGGUCAGAUAGUCUGUUGGUUGCCCUAAUAGAUUGUCAUGAUAAAAAGGGUUUACCAGUGGAGCUGGAAAAAGCAUUAUUGCUGGAUGGAAUUGCAAUACAUUUUUACAAGUUCACCAGCGACAAUGAUGUAUCAUAUGCUCAAUUAGACAGUAACUUGCAAACUACUGAGUUGAUCAAUCAAAUUAAAAAACUUAUUUAA